UUCUCACAACAAACUUGACGAAAUGGAAGAAUCUCUAUGCCUCCAGUUCAGUUUGAUUUUCAAAAUAAAAUGGCGACUGUCACCACCGCGGCGCGCUCACGGUUUGAGACGAGUGCGUGAGCCUGUCCGCGCGACACAAACGAAAGGUGCUCGCCUGCUGACACCUGGCGUGUGCAGGCUGCCUUUCACUCAGAUGGCAGCAAAACACCCGCUAACCGGCAGGUCAGCUGCCAGAAGAAGAAUUCCUCCAUGUUCCUCCUCCUCCUCCUUCUCCCCGGGAGAGUUGUAUUUCCAAGUCAGUGGAGUAAUAUCUGCAUACAGUUUCUGCCCUCCUGUGGUUAAAAGGCAAAGCAGCGGUGUUUGUCGGUUAAGUGGCUGCGCGGAUGAAAUGUCGUCUUGGGCUAAAUCAUCUGCUGCUGCCCGGCGACAGGCUAACCCCAACGGAAGUGCUCCACAGAUGCGUCUGUUUCGGAGAGCAGCGCCUUACCCCAGCAGAGAGGAGAGACCAGAAGAGCUCAAAGAUGCCCUGGAAAGCUAUGAAGAACUGGAUCAAAUACAAAGCUACAGUGCAAAUGUGAAGUAUGAGAGCUACAAGCAUCAGCCAGUUGCCUCCACUUUCCCUUCACCCUUCUCUUCAUUCUCCUCCAACGCUUCCACCAUCCACACAACCCCAGCCAAGGCGGACAGCUGCACUCCAGCAGACCGCCGCAAAGCACUGUAUCAGAAAUUCUACAGACAAGUUCAGGAGGAAAGGAAGCCGGCGGACUGCGUGGUCCUCUCUGUAACCAACCAGUGCCUGGAUUACCCCAAAUCGCUAAGCCAGUGCUUGCAGGAGCGCGGCCUGUCAGUGGAAAUGCUCUACCUUCAGGCGGAAUCAGGCCUGACCCGGGCCCUGCAGGAUGUCCGAGCAGAAGGCUCCCCGUUAUGUAUUCUGGUGGAGCAGACAAACAUAGCUCUGUCCUCCUGCACUGUUAUCAUAUUCUCAGAAUCCCUCAAAAUCCAUCGCAACAUGCCCAAAGACCAGGCCAUGGACUUUGUAGCAGCCGAGUACAGUCGCGGACUGGUCAAAGAGCGCCCCAAAAAAGACCCCUCAGACCUGGCAGCGCAGGCCUCACAGCUGCUCGAUGACUUCCUGGAGAGAGAAAAGCUCGAGCGGCACACUGUUCCCUCUGAAACACGUCCUCUCCUCUUGCUGUUAGCUGAGGGGGUGCACCUCUACCCCGAGGAGCUGGAAACCAUCUCAGAGUACGUGCGGUGCAGGCAGGAGCAUGUACAAGCCUCCAACACUGAGGGGCAGAGGGGUAAUAUGUUACCUCCAGGUCUGGGGAAACCUCCUCCUUUGCUGCCUACUCCGCCUGGGCCCCCUCAACCCAUGUCCUCAGGCGGAGCAGGAGGGUCAAUGAUGGACCACUCCUCAACUUCACCAUCUCCCCUUCUGCCCUCCCCAGGUUCUUAUCCCAAAACCAAACCCCCUCCGCUACUGUCCUUGCAACGACAAUCCGGUCCCUCAUUGGGGCCCCCAGCUUCACGGGGCCUUCUGUCUUCACACAGUCCCUAUAGCGGCCCCCUAGGGCCUCGUGGGCCCCUACUCCACCACGGUCCCCCAUACCAUCCAGGUCCUAGGGGUCCUCAUGGGAUCAGAGGCCCACCUAUUUUAAAAGCUUCCCGUCCUCCACUUCUUGCUUCUCCAGGUGCCCCUCACUCUCUUCCAAGACCAAGCUCCCGUCACUGAGAAACGAGAAUCAUCCACAAACACUAAAGCACACACUGUAACACACAAGCAGGCUUGACCUACCAGCAUCUUCUGAAGAUAACAUCAGACGACUCAAACGCCCCUGAGUUGGAUGACUGUAGUAAACCACGGUCAGUUAGAUGAUAACCAUGGUAGUAAAAGCCAGAUAUGAAUCAUUUGAUUGUGGAUGGAUCAGUGGAGGAUUUCAUGGAGUUAUGACUGAUAAUAUUAAGUGUCUUUCCCAGUGUCCCUGUGUCAAGCUUGUUCAUAUUCCUCUCAAUCCAGAGAACGUUGGUGUGGUCAGAGUGUCAGGACGAUCCUCUCUACAGUGUUAAGGUGCUCAAGUUUUUAAGAAGAUUUCAGAGGACCCUGAUAGAAUUUAUACAGCAAAUUAAAAACAAAAAAGUUCCAACAUCAUUAUUUAAUGUGACAUGGCAGAUAUUGUUUAAACAGAGAAGUAACACAAAAUAUGAACCAUCAUAAACAUUAAAUAAAACUUAUUUUUGUACCAAAGCAACGAGGCAACUUUUAAUGCUAGGAUUAGAAAAUCAGUUUAUAUAAUUAGACCAUAAUUCAUUCAGGAUCUUUGUUACAGCAGAACAUAUAGGAAAGCUACACUACACCACUACACUUAAAGGUAGGGGGAGCUGUAUUGACAUUUUAUGAGGAAAUCUCAAUCACUCUCUUUUCUUUUAGUUCAGGGAAACACUUCAAUAUUGAAUAUUUAAAUUCUGCACUGUACUGUUUCUGGCUGUGUGCUGUUGAUUGUUUUUAUGACUUCAUUGUUGGGAGCUGUAAAAUAUCCUGGUCUCGUUGGUAAAAGUAAUUUGUGAUACUGUAUGUGACAAAUGUGCAAGGAAGAGGGGAGAUAGGGCAGCGAUUCACUGAUGAGAAUCUCUGUCACUGUAAAUCAACAAGCCCUCACAGUGUGCAUUACCUGUUUCUGUGUGUGUCGCUCUGGUCGAAGAUCCUCUAAAGAAAUAUUUUCAAAAGUGACAUCAACAUGUUUCUUUUCACAUUUACUUGGAACCAUUGAGUUAUAAUUUAUCACAGAUUACAAACUAAAAAGUGAUAGAAAAAUCUGUGGGAAUAAUCCAUCUCUAAAACAUCUCAACCUUUUCUUUCUGUUUUGUAGAUAUUGUUGAAAUCCUGUUCCCAAUCCUUUCUUUCUUUUUUAAAUAUAUGUAAAUACAUAUUGUAAUAGUGGAUAGUUGAACAACUUGGCACUGUGGAUACGUUUUCUUGGAUGUCCAGCAGUGUUCAUUUUUAUCAAGUAUUAGGAGGGGGGGCUUGCGUUUGUUUAAAAAAAAAAAAAAAGGACUGCAAAUGUUUUGUUUUGGUCUGAUGAGCGUUUCAAUAUUAUUUGUAUUGUAAAAGAGAGAAUUAACCAUAAUAAAGUGAUAUUCAUUUAAGUAUA